UCGCCUGCUACCAUUUGUUCGUCGAUCUUUCUGAGAAAUCGGACUUAGUUGACAAUGGCUGAAACUGAGGCGUCUGUUCCCAGUGAGAAUUUGUUGGAAUGGGCAAAGACAGAUAAGCGCCGGCUCCUACAUGCUGUGUAUCGAGUUGGGGAUCUCGAUCGCACCAUUAAGUUUUACACCGAAGGUUUUGGAAUGCAGCUCUUGCGGAAAAGGGACGUUCCCGAAGAGAAGUACUCAAAUGCAUUUCUUGGAUUUGGGCCUGAAGAAACAAAUUUUGUUGUGGAGUUGACAUACAACUAUGGGGUGGACAAAUAUGAUAUUGGAACAGGCUUUGGACAUUUUGCAAUUGCAACUGAAGAUGUCUAUAAAUUGGUUGAAAAUGCACGUGCCAAGGGUGGUGUUGUCACCCGUGAACCUGGUCCAGUUAAAGGGGGGUCAAGCGUCAUUGCUUUUGUGAAGGACCCAGAUGGCUAUCUGUUUGAGCUGAUCCAAAGGGGUCCUACUCCUGAACCACUGUGUCAAGUUAUGCUGCGUGUGGGUGACCUAGAUCGCUCUAUCAAGUUCUAUGAGAAGGCCGUGGGUAUGAAACUAUUGAGAAAGAUUGAUAGACCUGAACAGAAGUAUACUCUUGCAAUGAUGGGUUAUGCUGACGAGUAUGAAACGACUGUUAUGGAGUUGACGUACAACUAUGGUGUGACAGAAUACACCAAAGGAACCGCAUAUGCACAGGUUGCCAUAAGUACUGGAGAUGUAUAUAAAAGUGCUGAAGUUGUUAAUCUGGUUACCCAAGAGCUUGGAGGAAAAAUUACUCGGCAACCAGGCCCACUUCCUGGGAUCAACACCAAAAUUACCUCUUUCCUUGAUCCAGAUGGCUGGAAAACGGUCUUGGUUGACAAUGAAGAUUUCUUGAGGGAGCUUCCAAAGAAAGAAUAAUCGUGCACAAGGACUUCAUCAUUGGGUUAUGCCUCCAGAUUUCUAGUCAUGGGGCGAAUAAACAGAAUUUUCGACACCCGCCCAGAAAUAUGCUUAUACUUACAUAGAAUUUAAACUAUGUUCAAGCACUGUUUCUGAAUGUCCAAUUAUAAGACAAAAUCUGAGAGUGUGUGCUUUGUGUUCC